AUGCAUCAAGACGAACUCACCCAACGCCUGGCCGAGCGGAUCGUGCACCACCACAAGAAAAUGCCCUUCCAUGACGACGGCAGCAAGAAGCGGCAGAAACGCUGCCUCGUGGCCCUCGCCGGCGGGCCCGGCAGCGGCAAGUCGACCAUCGCAGAGGCCGUCGCGGACAAGGUGUCGCAGCAGCACGUCAAGUGCCAAGCGAUAUCGAUCGAAGGGUUCAUGAAGCCAAAAUCAGCGCUAUCAGAGGAGCAGCUCAAGAAGCGCGGCGCAAUCGACACGUUCGACGGUGAGGCCGUGGUGAACAUGUUCCGGACGCUGCGCGCGCGCGGGCCGGGCCACGAGCUGCGGGUGCCCGUGUUCGACGAGGAGAAGAGCGACCCGGUGCCGGAGGGUCAGCUGAUCGAGGCGGACACCGAGGCCGUGAUCUUCGAGGGGAUCUACAUGCUGGCGGACCGGGAGCCGUGGAGGCGCAUCGAGGAGCUCGUCGAUGAGAAGUGGUUCAUCCAUGUGCGGCCCGAGCUGUGCCGGGAGCGGGUGACGGAGCGCAGGACCUCGAAGGGGAUCACCAAGACGAAGGAGGAGGCGCUGAGGUAG